AGGUGGAGGAGGUGCCUGGCGACCGCUUCCCACCCCCGAACCGGAGCUGAAGCCGGUGUCCAGCCGAGCGCCGCGGAGUCGAGGUCGGGCCUGGAGCGGAGCCGGCUGAGGCGUGCGCCGAGCUCCCGCCAUGGCCCGGAACACGCUAUCCUCGCGUUUCCGCAGAGUGGACAUCGACGAGUUUGACGAGAACAAAUUUGUGGACGAGCAAGAGGAGGCGGCCGCGGCGGCCGGGGAGCCAGGCCCGGACCCUAGCGAGGUGGACGGACUCCUGCGGCAAGGGGACAUGCUUCGGGCAUUCCAUGCGGCCUUGCGGAACUCUCCAGUCAACACCAAGAAUCAAGCUGUGAAGGAACGAGCCCAGGGCGUGGUGCUGAAAGUGCUCACAAACUUUAAGAGCAGCGAAAUUGAGCAGGCUGUGCAGUCACUGGACAGAAAUGGCAUUGACUUGUUAAUGAAGUACAUUUAUAAAGGGUUUGAGAAGCCCACAGAAAAUAGCAGUGCAGUGUUACUCCAGUGGCACGAAAAGGCCUUAGCUGUAGGAGGACUAGGUUCCAUUAUAAGAGUUCUUACAGCAAGAAAGACUGUUUAAAAAAAGGACUCAUGUUACCUUGAGAAGAAUUUUGGAUGCCCAGGCUGGUGAAGAAGGGAUUGACAAUGGACCAUCUUCCUAGGAACUCCUAAUUAAAUAUUUCAGGACAUAUAUCUGCUGAAAUGUACUUGGUUUUCGAGGUGGAGGGAGAAUUCGUCUUAAUAUUUCCUAAAUCCUUCGCAGGAUCUGAGUCUCUGCCUUUGUCUACAAAGUACUGCAGAACUGACAUUGGACCGUCUGCAGUGACUGGCCAGUUUCAGUCAGGUGUACCCAUGUGCACUGCCUGUUUAAAUUGGGGAGGGGUGAUUUGGGCAGGUGUGGGUCCAGGGGCUGUGGUGGAAGGGAGAGCUUGUGUUUCUGAAGUGGAAAAACCUGAGCGUUUGUACAGACAUCCCGUCUUCCGAGAGAAGGCUGCGCUCGGGUUUGCUGUAAGUGCCUGCUGCAUCAAUAAAGCUCUUGGCUUGUUAGU